AUGGCGCCGCUCGCCUCGACAGCUCUCCUCACCGCCCUUGCGUUGUUGAUACCGGCCGCAGCAGCGCAGAGCUGCAUCCCUCUAAAAGGCUCGACCCAAUGCCCGGCUUUCAAUACGUCCUCCUUUUCCACAGACUCGUCCCUUUCUUCGUUGUACCCUUUCCUUGCUUUCGUUUCGAGUAUACAACAGUUCGAUACCCAAUUGAGCCAAUACGUUAAUUCCAGCUACGUUCAAGAGAAAUACCAGCACUUGCUGGGUUGUGGCAAUGUCAAUUUGACGAAUACCACCAAUCUUUACGCACGAUAUACAACUAGUGUAAUAUGUAAUGCUAUUGUGCAGAAUUCGAUAAAGCCGUGCACACUCUCCAGCGCCGACUCGCCCCCACUUUGCGCAGAAUCCUGCGCUCAACAAGCAACCAGUGAGGAGGAAAUUGCAGUCAACAGUCAGCUCUGCGACAACCCUCAACCGGGCUACUUGGACCAGAUACGAGCCGACUUCACGAAUUGUGCCCUUCCUAGCAAUUCUUUGAGUGGGACCUGUAUUACCGGGGAACAGAAUGAGCCAAACGAUUGUGGCUUUUCGACCAAUCUCCAAGGUCUUUGCAGCUAUUGUGCGACCAGCUCUCCAAAUGCUACAGAUACGUGCUGCGAAGGAGCGAACGUGAACAGCAGAUGUCCAGGUGUAACGCUACCAACCUUUACCUCCGUGCCUCCACUAUUUCCAUCAUCAACAUCAAGCAGUACUCCGUCAGCAUCUGCAAGCAGCGGUGCAAAAAGCAGUAGUAGCCAUCAUAACUCAGGCUUGUCAAAAGGCGCGAUCGCUGGAAUCGUGGUUGGCUCCGUCAUUGGGGCUAUUUUGUUGGCGGGCUUACUCUUGCUAUGUUGCAUAUUUUUUCGCCGGCGGCGAAGAGGAAGUCAAACAAGUAUCUUCAACCAACCAACACCUCAGCGGACAAAUGGAGCUGGGAUGGUCUAUUCCCCACCGCCCGCAACGCAAGCGCUUCCACCAGACUAUGGACCCCAAUCCGGAGGACGCGUUGCCAGGAUGUCUGCAUUGGAAGGAAAUAUUAGUGACUCGCCAUCAUAUGGAAAUCCAGUGAUUGGCGGUGUUGCGGAAGGCAGCCACAGGCGUUAUGGAGAUACAUCCGAGUCCGAAGCCUACGGUGAAACUCCAGAGUCUCGAAGGGGAUUCGGUCCGCCAACUACAGGAAAGAGGAACGGUUCAUUGUCGAGUCAAUCGGUUCUGGGGGCGAUGGAUGAUCCGAGCUCUCCAAACACCGAGGGGCAAAUCUCGUCUCCAGAAGGCGUCGUCAGCGGACAAUCAGAGCAACUCCCCUUCUUCAAAGACUACUAUUCGGAAGACGACAUCAGUCCCAACGACAAAGUUGCCACGCUUUGGGCUUACUCACCGCGUGCUGGAGAUGAAUUUGAGCUUGAGAGAGGCGACAUGCUCAAGGUAGUGGGUAUCUGGGAUGAUGGCUGGGCGACUGGUGUCCGGAUUAAGGAACGAGCGGAGGACUACGAUGGGAAGCACAAGGUCCAACGAGAUAGUGGUGUCUCGAAUGGAUCAGGGAGGGGAGAUUCUCCGCCACCGAGCGGAGAGCUGAAGGCGUUCCCACUCGUCUGCGUUUGUCUACCGGAGUAUUGGAAACAGACCAUUGAGGGAGACAAUUCAUCCGACAAUGGAGGGAAUGGCCCACCACAUGGCUUCGGACAUUGA